AUGAUGACCAGCACCAAAGGGCUCGACCCCAAGGGGUUGACUUAUCUCGAGGGAGAAGGGUUUCCUCGGGGUCUGAUUGACGCCAUGGUGGCUUUGAAGAAGGACUGUGCCGAACAGAUUUUUGUCAUUGACAAUUCCGAGCCCAUGAACCAACCAGACGGUCACAUCUUGUCCAAGACUAAUACGAGCGAUGGCAAUAAGCUGUGCUUUGAAAAGGCCACUCGUUGGGAAGAACUGAAAAUGUGUGUGAAAUCCCACAUUCAAAUUGCCGGAGCGCUCAAGAUUCCCGCCUCGUUUCGGCUGUUGAAUACUGCCACGGACGGUGCCCAUGUGGACGGUCAAGAAUUUUCCAUUGGACAGGGGAAAGGAGGAGUGUACGAUGUCGACACGGAAGUUCAAACGGCACUGGAAAUCAUGGACAAGAUCAAACCCCAUUCGCGGUCUCCUCUGACCAAGAGCAUUCUCCAACUACUGAGGGAUAUUGAAUCCAGAAAAGAAGAGAUCAAAAAGCGGGGCAAGCACGUAUCUGUGGUGUUGUGUACGGAUGGAGUACCCAGUGAUUCCACCAGAGAAUUUCUGGUGGAUCAGUUGAAGAAAAUAUUAGGGGAAUCCCUUCCCGUGCAUAUGGUUGUCCGGUUGUGUACCGAUGAACCCAGUGUCGUCGACUUUUACAAUGAUCUCGAUAAGGAUCUCAAUAUUCGUCUCGACGUAUUGGAUGAUUUCCAAGGAGAAGCCCUGGAGAUUUGCAAGAUCAAUCCAUGGUUGACUUACUCCCUACCCUUGCAUCGAGCACGGGAAAUGGGCUUUAACAGUCCUUGUUUGGACAAUCUCGAUGAAGGACCUCUUUCCAAAACCGAUCAAAAGGAAUUGUGUGACUUGCUCUUUGGCAAAGAUAAGAUGUAUCUCUCUCCUUCGCCCGAACUGGAUCCGGAAGGCUUUUUGGACCAUGUCAAAACUCUACAACAAGACCAAACCGAGCAGUGGGUACGUACAAUCAAUCAAUCAGAGCAACACCGCCAAUGUGGCGCAUUCGUGUGCACGGACAAACAUGCUAAUAACCAAUCCUUCCUUCGUCACUAUCGACAGGAUCCCAUCAUGGAAGAAACCAAACCUUGGAUUGAUGUAGAUUUGGUCAAAAACCCAAAGGAAAAAAUGGCCAAGAUGAGACGCAUCACGCAAAAGAAGAAAGGAAAAUGGUUCGCUGGUGUGUUGGGAAUCAAAAGGUAG